UGUGUCUGGAAGAUGAUGCAGUGUCACGUGGAUGCCUGUGAUGACAUGCAGCCACCAGAGUUGUUUGAGGGUGGCUCUGGAUAUGAUUAUUCUUACGCAGGGGGACGUGGUUCAUACGGAGAUCUUGGUGGACCCAUCAUCACAACACAAGUAACAAUUCCCAAAGAUCUGGCAGGAUCUAUUAUUGGAAAGGGAGGCCAGAGAAUCAAACAAAUACGCCAUGAGUCAGGAGCUUCAAUCAAAAUUGAUGAACCAUUAGAAGGCUCAGAAGAUCGGAUAAUAACUAUUACGGGAACACAGGACCAGAUACAAAAUGCACAGUAUUUACUGCAGAACAGUGUGAAGCAGUAUGCAGAUGUUGAAGGAUUCUAAUGCAAGAUUAUUUUUUCUUUUUUAUAGUGUGAAGCAGUAUUCUGGAAAGUUUUUCUAAGACUAGUGAAGAACUGAAGGAGUCCUGCACCCCUUUUUUUUUUUAUCUGCUUCUGUUUAAAAAGCCAACAUUCCUCUGCUUCAUAGGUGUUCUGCAUUUGAGGUGUAGUGGAAUCUUUGCUGUCCACCAGAUGUAAUGUUUUAGCUCCUUACAAAUACAUGGGGGGAGGGAAAGGGCGCACGAGACUAACAUUGAGAUUUUAAGGCAGCAGCAGAGAGAGUGAAUUUAAUUUUUGUUCAUUGUUGGUGGUAAAUUGUAAUGUUUUUCUGUAACUGUUGUGAACACCCUACUUUACAUACACUGUAUCUUUUUUUGAAGGAGGGAGAGUAUGGAAGUCCAAAUGUCCCUGGCAUCCUUUGAGAGCAGUGUGCAGAAUGUAAUGCUCUUUUGUAAGAAACAUGAUUUUUAAAUAAAUUUAGUGAACCUA